AUUCAUUGAUUAUUUUAAAUUUAUAAAAACUGUUUUAUCAAUAAAUAAAUCUGUUUCUAAAUUCAUGUGUGAACGAUGAAUUUUAGCGGCGUUAGGUUGGUACUCAUUUCAUACAUAAACAUGGCUGAUAAGCGUAAAGGCAAGAAGCGAAAAGAGGAGCUUCCAUUUUUAGAGGAAAAAGUGGAAAAACCAUCCAAAGAGGAAUACAAAAUAGCAAAGUGGCUCAAGAAAAAUGUUUCCGUUAAAAGAACUAAGUUCCUACAUCACAAUGUGGAGUAUUUCACAGGAGCCAAAGCAGUUGAUGCACUUCUCGAAUCUCCAUGGUCAGCUUCCAACAAUCAAAGUGAGGAACCGAAAUUCACGACACGACAAGACGUGACCGAUUAUCUAGAUCAAAUGCUGCGACACAAGUUCUUCCAUCGAGCCAAGAAAGUUCCGGUCACCGAACAGGAACUGAGAGCAAAGCAGAAGAAGAAGAAGGAGAAGGAACAGAAGAAGGACAUGAAGGAGCCGGAGAAGAAGAAAGAGGAGGAGAAGGAGGAGAAGAAGACUCGUGAGGAGGAGACGGCCGAGAGCAGUCAUGCCGAGCAGCCGGAGGAACAGCGCGAGAAGAAGAAGAUGAAAAUCAGACUGGAGAUGCAUAUCGACCAAUACUUUGUAGACAGUCUGGAUGCAUAUGUGUGGAUCUAUGACCCGAUUCCCGUCUACUAUUGGCUGUUCGGAUUCCUGUUGGUGAUCGGCGCCAUCUUGAUUUGCAUGUUCCCACUAUGGCCUUCAUCUGUUAGAAUGGGAGUGUACUACCUGAGUGUGGCUACAGCUGGAUUUCUGAUGCUAAUAAUAGCCCUAGCUUUCCUGCGUCUGGUGAUAUUUUGCCUGCUGUGGUUGGUAACACUGGGGGCCCACCAUCUGUGGCUGUUCCCCAACCUCACCGAGGAUGUCGGCUUCUUUGCCUCGUUCUGGCCACUCUAUCAGUACGAAUACAAGGGCAAAGAUGGCGGACAGAAGUCGAAGAAGAAGAAAAAAGCGAAAGAUUCUGAUAACGAAGAGGAUGAAGAGGAGGAGGAAGAAGACGAAGAGGAGGCGAGUGAAGCAGAGGAGGAGAGCAGCAAAAAACAGGAGACGGAUGAUGGAGGAGGAGGAGGAGGGGGAGAAGAAAGCACAAAGACGAAACCGCGCAACCGUCGGCUGGCGAAAGAGGAGGAAGACGUGGAGGUGGAGAAGGCAAAAGGAGGAAAGGAGAAGGAAGAGGAGGAUGAGGAGGAGGAAGAGGAGGAUACAGAAACAGAGUCGGAGGGAAGUAGUCAACAAAGUCAGACUGGGAAAGAUUUCGAAAUGGUGGACAAAAUGGAAGCCACUCUGCAGGAUUCCUAAUACGUCUGUGGCUGAUCGCAGAAUAUUCAACAAAAUUCCAAGAUGGAGACGCGGUAGAAUUGAGGAGUACACAACGCUUCGUGAGUUCGGCAAACUUGAAAAUUCUGAUUUUUUAAAUCGAUUUUGUUUUUCAACAUUUAGCUACUUAAAAACUGUGAGUUACUUUUAAAAAUUUAUUGAAUUGCUUUCUUGUCAAGAAUUAUUUACUCAUACAAUUCAAUUAUGUUGGAUGCAUAUUUCAUUUUAAUUACUGAAAUAUUGUAUUCAGUUGAGAUACAAAUUUGAAAAAGAUUGGAAGUGUCAAGCUGGUUUUUUUUAAAUUUGAAUAGGGAAUUGUGAAAUUUCAGUAGACUGACGAAGUUGGUAAUUUUCAAGCUUCAUGAACUAAGGGGAAAAUUAUCAUAAUUUCAAAUAUGAAAUUAUUCUUACAGUUGUGUAAAUGAAGCUGUGUUGUAUCCUAGAAAAAAUUACGAAUAAAAAAUUGUUUACAUUUGAAAUAAGAUACUACAUCGAGACAAAAUUGAAAAUUGCUGUUUUUAUUCGAGAUACUUCUAGAAGAUAUUGGAAAAGAUUGAAACUUUGCUGGGAAAUUGUUUUAUUUGAAAUACAUUUUAGAGAAGAUUAAAAAAUUGUUGAAAAAGUUUGUUUUUAUUUCUAUUUAGAUGCAUUAAGAAAAGAUUGUUAUUCAUUUUCCAGUUUUACGAUGGAAAUUAAGUUUAGUUUGUUUUCACAAUAUGUUUAUUUAAUCCAGUUGUAUUGAUAGAAGUCGAAAAAUUAAUUUAGUGAGAUAAAAUUUUUCAAAUCGUCAGAAUUGUUUUAACGGGAAGUGAUUAUGUUAUUUAUGAGUUAUGCUGACCGUUUCAAGUAAAUUUUAUUUUAUCCUGAAAUUGAAAAAAAUUCGACCAUUUUUUCGAAUUUUAUUAACAUAAUUUUUGAUAACUGAAUAUUAUUUUAAAUUCAUUUGAUAUAUUGAAAAAAUUGAUUUCAUUCGAAACAAACUACAUAAAUGUACAAAGAAGAGGAUAGAAAAAUAUAUAAAUAUUUAUAAAAUACUAUUAUCAUAAUAAAAAAAUACUUUAUGAUCAAAUAAUCUUUGGGGAAGAGUUAUUAUUUAUCUUUAGAUAUAUUAUGUUCAAAGUAUCAUCUUAUGAUGAUGAAAUGUUUAUUGUACAGUAUAAUAUUAUAAUAAAAUAUAAUUAUUUAUA